AUGACUCGACAGCGCUCACAAUCUGCUUCGUCAGCCCAACAACUGACAGCAGCAAAGUCCCCUCGGUCGCCCACUGCUUCCCUGGCAACCGCUGCAGCACUGUACGACCCCCAGCAACUCCCCAAGACACUCCAGGACAUUCUUCUCCUUGCACAGUCUCACUAUAUCUCGCACCGCUACGUUCAAGCGCUGUCGUUUUACAAACUAGCGGCGGAGCAUCACCAUUCCUUGCCAGCUUGCAGCUCCCUCUAUGCCCUCUACACCUCCAACCAGACAGGAUCAGGGUUAGUCCGGAGUGACACAAAGGCCGCCCUUAUUUUGAUCCAUGCCCUCCGAAUUUGGACUGCCCGCCGCUGGUCCACUUCCGCCCGAAUCGAACCUACAGGAUCCAUGCGCUCACGGACACAGGACGACCAUGACGAGCUGGAGGAGUACUUUGCCCACCCUCGGAAACCGACCCGACAGCAGAGCGGGCAACACAAACAACAGCUGCGACGUUCCCUCUCGACUGGAGCGACUGCGUCCUUCCGCCCUACUAGGGAACAGCUGUUGGCCGACCCUGGCAACAAGAACGCACUCGCCCAAUCGAUGGAGAGCGAAUAUCGCCAUCCACAAUUCUUAAAUUGGCGAGACGAGGCUGUGGCGGAGAUCCACAACGAGUCCCGGGGGUCCGAGGGCGAAUCAGAGAGCAGUGAGGACGACGACGACAGUGAUGACGAGUGUGAAGGAGAUCAAGCCGAUCUUAACACAGACCAGGAAGUGAGCGACCAUGAUGACGACGGUGAUGAUGAAGGGCAGGAGAAGGAGGAGGAGGCUCGACGGAUUGGACUUGCGACAAGCGAGAUCGAAGAUAUCAUCCAAAAGAUCUGCCACAUGAUUCAGAAGGGAGUGUUGGGUCUGGAUGAGCCCGUUCUGGUCGAGGCUGUCAGCAUGCUUCGGAAAAUCGAACGAAACUUGCAUCAGGAAGCGAACGCAAUCAAGGCGGAGCGAGCUAGGUCCGUCUCCCUCUUUACCUCCUCCCUCUCUCGUGGAUCGAGCGAUGAGGCGGUCUCUCUACCAGCACUGUUGUUGACUCAGGGAGUCGAUCUUUCCUUCUUGGACCUUGGUAGCCCCGACGACGAUGGAUCCGAUCAUUUGACUCAGGCCCAGACCCAGCCCAUGGGUCGCUCUAUACGACAGCGUCCGGGCAGGAAUUUCACCUCCCCGAUACCCCUGACUCACGGAUCCAGUCUUGUUUCACCACCCCUAUCUAAGCAUUCGCCCAUGAAUGCAUCGAUCGCUAAGUUGUCGACCAAGGAGCAGGAGACCGACCAUUUGUUUGCUUGCGCCAUCCGCAUUCGAGUCAUGUUUACUCUGGGAUGGGUCCACCAACAGAAGGGCGAGUACCACUAUGGUGCCCAGGCGUACGGGGUCUGCAGUGAGAUCCCUGCGACAGGAAAGCGACUCUUGGACUCUUUGCAGCACCAGGCGAACGUCCAGCGAUGGACCUGCAAGGCGUUUGAACACAAGGCACAGGAGCAGGCAGAGGCUGCCAAGAGACGAGCAGUGGAGGCAGAGGACGAGGAGGAUUCGGCAAGUCAUCUUGCGGUGGCUCCCACUGGUGCUGCGACGCCGACACCGAUAGAGGGCAAGAAGAAGAAGAAUACCUCUGCGACUCGAUCACCCCCUAGCAGGAACACAAUUGGAUCCUCCGCCUCGUCGCUUUUUACCUCCUCGCAGCCCUCUACAGGAGGAAGUCGUCGCCAUCACCGCCCCGACAUCUCGAGUCCUUCUUCGUUGUCCGGCUCCGAGUCCGAGUCCGCAUCGACUUCUAUCCACGGUCGGUCGUCAUCGGCUUCAGCGGUAUCUAGUUUCUCUGCUGCUAUCUGGAGCUCGGGCCUGUUUAGGUCUAAUAGCAAGACCUCGACGAGUUCCCUACCCUCCAAAGUCUCUGCAGGUCUCAAGUUACAGACUGUGCUGGAUCCUCCUGUCACCAUCGAGACCAAGGACCGUCGUCAUCGUGGCAGGACGUCCAAGUCUGAAGGCAACAAACAUCAACACCAAAAGCAUCAGCACAAACAACAGCAGCAACGACAGGCAGGAACAGGAGUAGGAAGUCUUCCCACGCUGGUGAUGACGAUGACCGGUCACCAGAAUCAGAUUGUCAAGUGCGGACACUGCGGACUGAGACGGGCUCUGAUGCCUCUUCUUGUCGUUUCCCCCUCCAGCGCCCUGGGGAUCGUCGACAAUAACUUUUCUGUGGAGCCUAUGGGAGUAGCUCUUUAG